AUGGCGCCCUCACUCACUUCCCGUCCGCGGUCGGGCGACCGUCCCCCAUCCGCUGCCCAGGGCGACAGUCUCAUCGUCCCUAGCAGGAAUUCCUCGCUCCAUUCGAGGAUUACUCAACCGCUGCCUUCGACCCUCAACACCAAGCCAGGACAACGAACGCCGAAAACCCUUACCCAUGCCUACAUGGUCUGCGGUGUCGGCCGGGAGCCUUCGCAGUGGGUAAAGGCUCCGGCAACGGCUCAAGGGAAGAUCACCCAUAUGAAGGGUGCCGUUGGUCAAUUCUGGUUGCCUGAGAUCUUAGGAAGCAGCCCGAGACUGGAGCAAGACAGGGAGGUCGCGAAGUCGUUGCAUGCAGCAAUGCGGGCAUGUUUUCCUCACGAUGUUGAGAUUUGCACUGGCAGGAGCCAGCCUCACUGCGUGCACCACUCCUUCGUUCUGCAACAGGACUCUUCGCAAACUCUGUAUGGCAUCGCACUGCGUGUGUGGUCAAGAGCCGACGAGAAGAGGGCAGAUACCAUCCGCGAUCUGCGGAAGAGGACCGAGCCAGACUACUACGAGUCGCCAGAGGAGACCUACUGGAUUCCUUACUGCCUGAGUUUCCUCUCCAGGUAUCCUCUUUACAAUCUCCUGGGAGACUAUCUGCGCGGCAUGUGGAUUCACUGGAACAAGGCGACCAACCUGUUCCACGCUGAAGAGGUCUCGCGCAUCCUCAGCUUCCCAGCGCCGCGACUGAACGACCUUGUUAGGAUCGACAUGAAGGAUUACGCUCUUUGCUAUCAGUUUCCAUCCUCGCCUACUGGCUUCCAGAACUUCGCAAUGUGGCCGCUGUUCACCUGCUUGUCUAUACCGAACAUUGUAGGCGUGCUCGAGGCGGCAGUCUCACCGACAAGACGCAUCAUCUUCGUCAGUCACUACCCAGCGAUGCUCACUGUAGCUUCUGAGACAGUGAGGUUUUGCGUCCGCGUCUACGAAUGGAGCGGCCUCUAUGUUCCAGUCGUUCAUGCGCGUCACGUGCACGAACUUGUCCAGGAACCGGGGCCCUACAUCCUUGGAGUCACAGCAGAAUGCCGUACUCUCUUCACAGCACCUGGCGACGCGCUGGUCGUUGAUCUUGAUCGGAACUUUGUUCUCACUUCCAGCCCGCCGACAGCUCUCACGCCUGGUCAAAGGACGAAGAUGAUCAGCCGCCUGACCCAAGCGCUCAAUGGCGAGGUGUCCCCCUCUGGUGUGCCGCAGCAUCUCCGGUCAGCAUACGGCGGGGGCAAGCUCGUUCCUGCUGGCCAGAUCAUUGUCAUGCGUGGUGAAGUUGAGAGCAUUCAAGAUCCUACCUGGUGGAAUCAAGAUGCUGUCAUGGGCAUUAUGGACCACGUCUGCGAGAAGCUGGGCCGAAACACUGGCGUCAAGGCUCUGUUCGGAGGUCAGGUGAAGAAGCCGCUGAUGACCAAGGUGUCGAUGAGGCAUCUGAACGAGCUUGUCCGCGAGCGUAACCAGUACUCCAGAGAUGCUAUGGAGGCGUGGCAAGAUUUCAUCAAUCUCAAGGGCAGGAUGGACACCGAAUUGUCUAAGGUCACCAAGAGGAACAACUUCCUUGUCGAGGAGCUUGAGAGCUGGAAGCAACAGUUCCUCAAGUUCCAAGCAUUUGCUGAACAGCUCACGAAAGAGACCCAGGACCUCAAGGUUAAGAUCGAGAAUCACAAGCGCGAGAACCGCCGUCUUACUGGCCUCAUCGAUCAGCAGAAAGAUGAUGCUGCUCGCCUCACCGUACGUCUGUCUGGCACGGAGAAGCAGCGGGACGAUGCUCUCGAGGCGCUUGUUUUGCAACAGGAGAUUGCCGAGGAGCUCGAACUGGAAAGGAAGCGCAACAAGAAAGAGCUCUCUGCUCUGCAGCACACUAACACUACCAUCCUCCGCCAACGGGAUGAAGCUCAGCGAGUGGUGCUUCAUCUUCGUGCGCUCAUCGACGGCCAAGCCCACCACAUGGAGCACAUCGUCAAGUCAUUGUCGUCGGCGCCCGAGAUCUCCGAGAUCAUUGAGGAAGGUUUCGAGGAUGUUCCUGAAGAGGUCGAGGAUGAGGAUUCCAACACCGAAAAACACGGGGACCAAGUGAGCGAAAAGGAUGUGUCCGAAGUGGGCACCAUCCGCGGCAUUCCCGGCAUGGACUCUCGUGGAUCUAGCCGUGCUUUCAACCGGUCCAGCGUGGACAUCAAGCACUUGGACGCCGAGGAUGUUUCGCCUGAUAUGGAGAAGAGACUACUCAACAGCCCUGUUACGCGGAAGCGCCUGUCACAGAUCACCAUGGCAGAUGUCGCGGACAGGCAUCUGCGCGACAAGACCGAUGCGAUCGCGUACAUCAUCCGAAACAUCUCGGAGCAAUGCGCUGCCGCCGUCGAGGGUCUGCAGCUCGCUCAACGAGCGGAUGUCGAGGAUGGUUCGCCAGUCGCGAAGUCAAGCCAUGGGCGCAACUUGUCGGUCUCUGAGCCUGGAAGCGCUAGCCAAGGUAGCGAGUAUGGCGAUGAGUCUAGCUUCCUUCAUCCAGAGGUCCACUCGAGCAUCCCACCUACACCGGAUCUGGUGCACAACCGAUCAAGCACCUCGAUGUCAAUUGCGAGCCAGUCGACGACGCCGGAGAGGCACAGCCUGCAGCAGUACAAGCAGGAGGAUAUCCCGGAAGUGCCGACCCGGAUUCUCGAGCAUGGUGAGGAGACGUACGAGGGCGCUGAGUCAGAGAUGCAAUCUGUUGAGCCGCCUGUCUCGAAGUAUGCGACGGGCAUCCGGCGGUCCGCUGACGGCAGGAUCAUCAGCUCUGCGUAA